CAUAGCACUACGGUUGAUUCGAUCAACGAUAGAAUCUCCCGUCUAGAACUCCGCAGGUCUGCUAUUCGACGUCAACGCAGUACCAACCGAAGAGGUCCUCGUGGUCCGAGCCGCAGCACAUCACGCUCAUGUCAGCGGUCGUACUGCUACUUCCACCGUCGCCUCGGUAAUGCAGCACGUAACUGUCGCCCGGGAUGCAAAUAUCCGAAAGGAACUCCGAUUACGCAACCGGGAAACGCCAAAGCCAGCCAGUAAUGGCGACGGCUGUCGCUGGCCAAAUCCUCAGUCGCCUUCUGUACGUGUUCGACUCCACGACUAAACUUCAUUUUUUGGUCGAUACGGGCGCAGAAAUCAGCGUUAUACCGCGAUCUUUGGAAAAACGCCCUCUGCAACAAGCCGGACUUACGUUACAGGCGGCUAACCUGACUACGAUCGCGACAUACGGCCAGAAGCUGUUACACCUAAGCCUUGGUUUGCGACGCGAAUUUCCUUUUAUCUUUACCAUCGCAGAUGUCCAGAAACCCAGAAUUGGCAUCGACAUCCUUAGCAAAUUCGGCCUUGUCAUCAACCUACGUUGCAGGAAGUUACGGGACGACAGCACUUCGCUUACUGUCUCUUGCCAUCUCGCCCCAGUCACUUCCGUCGGACUUCGCGUACUCAUGCCAGACAGUACGCCGUAUGCAUCAUUGCUUCAGUAAUUCCCGGCUUUGGUGCAUUCUAAUAACCGACUCUACCGAGCCUAAACAUGAGGUUCGUCAUCAUAUCGUCACCACAGGUCCACCCGUGUCAGCCAAACUGAGACGUCUUCCACCUGACAAGCUCCAAGCGGCUAAACGUGAAUUCAAGCAAAUGAUCAACCUCAGAAUCAUUCGCCCAUCCAACAGUUGUUGGGCUUCCCCGCUUCAUCUUGUACCCAAAAGUCCGGUGAUUGGCGUCCAUGCGGUGAUUACCGGGCACUCAACGCCGUUACCAUCCCCGACAGAUACCCUAUUCCUCAUAUUCAUGAUUUUUCAUUGGGACUGUCCAGGAGAUCAGUCUUUUCCAAGAAUGACCUUGUGCGAGCGUACCAUCAAAUUCCAAUGGUAGCUGAAGACAUUGCUAAAACGGCCGUUAUCACAUCUUUCGGUUUGUACGAGUUCAUUCGUAUGCCUUUUGGCCUUCGCAAUGCGGCAACAUCGAGUUAAUAGUAGUGACGUUCGGUGUCGCAUCUUGGGGAAUGCGAGUAUUCCCUUCAACAAAAUGAUUUUG